AUGAUCAAUAAGCCCCUGCGGUGCGCGAGCAAGGCCGCCGAGUGCGCUUAUGCACGUCUCUGUGCAGACGCCGAAGCAGAAACAACAGCAACUGAUGUCUCAUGGGUUGCUGAAGCAAAACAGCCUGUGUCAUCUGGUGAUGCAGGCGCUUGUCAUGAAGACGCUCAUGUCUUCACAGAGUAUGAGCUCGGUGUCUCAUACUCUCCCGAUACAGAAGGUGGAUCCGCAUCGACGGCGAUUGAAUCCAAGCCGCCUGCCAAGCGUGGCAUGGAUGACGCUACGCGUCGUAGCAUCUAUGGUUUAUCUGACGAAUCAGAUGAACCAUCGCCAAAGCGAAGGCGCUCGAGGUCGCGAGACUCGGGCGCUAGUAGUGGUGUCGGUACUCCUGUUGGCACCACUUCGCAACGAGGUGCCAGUACUUCUGUCGGCACAUCGCAGGAAGAGCGGGAUCGCAAUGUCUUGCGUCUCGCUCCCGAAAAGAAGGCACGGCUGCCUCCAAAAUCUGUCAUGGAUCACUUGUCGGCGACGACGAGUGAUCGUUAUCGAACACGGUUGUUCGAUUCAUCAAGGAUCCAUCACCUUGACCCCAGCGCGAAAGACUACCACACUGAGCAUGAAUUCUUCAUCGAUGCUUUCUUUAGACAUCGAUGGUAA